AUGAAUCUACGUCAAGUAUUUAGUUUAACCCUGCUGCCCAGUUUAUAUGUUUUGUUUGUUUUAUUAAUUGAAUUUGUGGAGAAUGGUGUUGCCCAAAAUCCCGAUCCUUUAUUCGAAUUACCCGUACAACUAGUCGGCUUUCCAGUGAUUGUAUUGUCUGUGCGUCUUUCGCAAUUUGCCAAAAAGUUGGCAUAUUCUUUGAAUCCAAAUACUUAUCGUGCUCGCAGCAAACGUGAUACCGCUUUAUUAGCCUACGAUGCUGAUAUUGCUCAAAAGGAAAUUUUACGCGAAUUUGGUUCCAGAGCUUGCAUCUUGGAAGAACCCUGUCGCAUACAUGCUUCACGUCCCGGACGUGCUUCCCAAACUCAUCUUAAUUGGCAAGAAGUUUUCAGUAACUACAAAGUGCAAUCAACCGGUAUGAAACAAUGGUAUUUGCUGUCUUUAUUCAUUGGUGAUGCUGUGCGUGAUGUACCCCUGUGCCAUUUGUUGGCUAAGAGAAUGCCAUGUCCAGGCACUGGUCCCCUACCUCCACCCCAGCCACGUUAAAUAUUUUAUUAACAUAAUUUGUUAACAUCUCAACUUCCAAGUCGACGAAUAUGAACAUGGCCUUUUGUUUUGCCAUAAAAAGCAACAAACAUUUGUCAAAAUAAACCUCAAUUUCUAGACAAGCUGUGUAGCUAAGCUGCAUUAAAAGAGAGUCUCACCUUUAGAUGACUCAAAUGGUAACCAAAAAAAAAAGCAAAAAGGCAGAGAAGAGGUGGAA